AUGGAGAAGCUGAACAAUGAAGACGGACAGCUUUUCAUAAAGAAUCUCGCCAGUUUCGUACGAACCCAUGAGAAGGCACUCGCCAACGCGCUUCAGUUGAAACGCCAGCCUAGCAAAAAUGCGUCCACCCAGUCGAGCUCGGCUACCAACUCGGCCUCAUCGGCUUUGGCGGCAGCCUUGUCAUUCGGUGCCUUGAAAUUCACCUCUCAAACUAUCAAACCGCUAAACUUACCCUGA